AUGGAAUCGAGGGAGCUCUGCCAUAGCCCGCGGCUCUGCGCCAAUGGCCGCGGCUUCUUCGGAAACUCCGCCACGCGAGGCCUCUGCUCCAAGUUCUACCGAGACCUCUGCCUCAAGGAGUUGCCCGAGACGUUGGCGCCGUCGGUUGCCGACGUGGAGGUCGAGGCCGAGAUCCGGAAAGUUGCGGCGGGCGCGGCGUCUUCUGUGGCGAACCCGUCGCUCUCCUCGGGCGAGGCGCCGGCGAAGGUGGUGGAGAGAUGCGGGCGGUGCCACAAGAAGGUGAGGCCGAGCGCGAGGUUCGAGUGCCGUUGCGGGAGGGCGUUCUGCGCCGCGCACCGGCUGUCGGAGACGCACGACUGCUCGUUCGACUAUAAGACGCUCGGCCGUGCUGCGCUCGCCAAGGCGAACCCCGUCGUCCAGAAAGAAAAGCUAGAGAGGAUACGAUGA